UGAUUGCUUUUAUAAUUUGUUUUCCUUACAUUCUCUAAUUUAUAUAUAUAUUUUCUUGUCCAAUCUUUCUUAUCUUUUCUCAGGGUCACCUUCGCUGUGUUACGACAACGUUAAAAAAAAAAAAAACCUUUUUUCACGGCCAAAACCCGAUUUUGACCCGACUCACGAAUCCAUACCCGGAUAAUCAAACGGCUUCGAUUCGUUACCGGAGAAGAUUAAUUGGGGGUUGCCCCCCAUUUCUGUUUCUUGUCUUGCUUUCAUGGAGUCUGAAUCUGAUCUUGGGAUUUUAAUGCUGUUUGUGUUCUUCGCAAAUUGAGGAAUUGGAGGCAGGUGGGUAUUUUGGGGGCAGUAGGGUUUUUGGGGAUUUGAAGCCAUUGUUGUUGUGUUUGGGGGGGAAGAAGAAGAAGAUUUUGUUUUGUUACAUUUCUAGGGUUUGUUGAUAGGUGUGGGGUUAGGGAGGAUAAUGUGUAUACUUUGUGUUAUUCAGAAGUGGUCUCGCCGGGUUGCUACAAUGCUUCCUUGGUUAGUUAUUCCACUGAUAGGUUUGUGGGCACUUUCUCAGCUACUACCACCGGCUUAUCGAUUUGAGAUUACUUCGCCUAGGUUGGCAUGUGUUUUUGUACUUUUGAUUACCCUUUUUUGGUAUGAGAUUUUGAUGCCUCAGCUGUCAGCUUGGCGGGUUAGAAGGAGUGCUCGUCUUAGGGAGAGAAAGAGGUCUGAAGCUAUAGAAUUGCAGAAGCUUAGAAAGACAGCAACUAGGCGAUGUCGAAAUUGCUUAACUCCUUAUAGAGAACAGAAUCCUGGUGGGGGUCGGUUUAUGUGUUCGUAUUGUGGGCACAUUUCGAAAAGACCAGUCUUGGAUUUGCCUGUGCCAACUGGGAUUUCGAAUGCUGGUAUUCUUAAGGAUUUGGUUGGUAAGAGUGGGAAGAUAUUGAAUGGAAAAGUUUGGUCUGAUAAUGGAUGGAUGUGUGGCCAAGAUUGGUUGGAGAAUGGAAAUUGGGUUGGUGGUGGUAGUCCGGUUGCUGGAAAGAAUACUCAUUGGAGGAGGAAUGGGAGUGGUCUUUUUGGAGGGGAUGAAAAUUGUUUGGCUGAGAAGUCUUAUUCGGGUGUUGUUAUUUUUGCCUGCAAGCUUUUAACGUCUUUUUUCUUGAGCGUUAGAUGGCUUUGGAGAAAGAUUUUUAGAAUUAGUUCAUCCACGGAAGAUGAUUCUUCUGAUGCAGAGCAUAAGGGAAUGUUGGCAAAGAGUUGCGAUAAUGGCGGGAGUUAUGAGAGUAGAGGAGAAAAAGCACGAAGAAAAGCUGAAGAGAAAAGACAAGCUAGGUUAGAGAGAGAAAUGUUGGAGGAAGAAGAGAGAAAGCAGAGAGAGGAGGUUGCGAGAUUGGUGGAGGAGCGAAGAAGAUUGCGGGAUGAGAAAAUGGAGACUGAAAAAGAUCGUGAGAAAAUGCCAACUCCCGUCAAGGAGAAAGAUAGUAAGAAAGAAGCGGAAAGGAAGCGUCAAGAGAGAAGAAAAGAGAAAGACAAGGGUUCUAGCAAGAGCAACUCAGAUGUAGAAGAGCUGGAAAAGAAAACCGGUAAGGAAAGUGAAAGAAAGAAAGACUUCGAUAGGAAAAAUGAGAAUGAUCGAAGGGAACAUCAUAAAUCAGGGAUUGAUCCUAUUAGGGGCCAGAAUAUGGACAUGGGGGGUCCUGGGAUGAGACAUACUUCAAGUAACUUUACUCGGUUUAAUUCAGGAACUAGAUACCUAGAUCGUAUGAGAGGUACAUUUUUGUCGUCUUCUAAAGCAUUUGGUGGGGGUAGCUUCUUUGGAAGGGGAACUAGCAAUGCUGCUACUUCGGCCAAGGAAAGUAAACCUAAUAGUUUUACAGAUCAGGGCCAUAUUGCUGUUCACAGGAAGGAUGUAUGUCCACCCGAGCGUGUGGCUUUGAGAUCUUGUACGAAUCUAGAUGAUAAGAAUACUAACCGUCUGGUUCACACUGAAUUACAACCAGGUACCGCUCCUAAGAAAUCUUGGCAGCAAUUAUUUACUCGUUCACCUGCUCCUCCUUCAAAUGCAAAUGUCAUAAGCAGACCGAAUUCAAAGUUCCAAGCAGAAGUUCAAAGCCCACAGUUAUAUGGCCAGCCACCGACAACACAAUCAUUUGAUAAUCCAAUAAAUUUUGGGUCACCUUUUACUCUUCCUACGUAUCCAAACGUACCAACUAGCAGUAGUCUGGGGUUUUCACCUGCAAUUGAACCCAUAUUCCCUCGUGUUGGAGAAGGGCCUCGUGAACAUAAACCAGAGGAGUCAGAGCUUUUUGAAGAUCCUAGUUACAUCCCAGAUCCAGUAUCUUUGCUUGGGCCUGUUUCAGAGUCGCUCGAUAACUUUCAGCUAGACUUGGGAACUAGCCGAGCUAAGGAUUUUGGAUUGGAAAGGGCGCGUACUUUAAAAAGUAUUUCUGCUCCUUCGGACGUGAACAAGCCAUCUCCUAUUGAGUCUCCUUUGUCACGAGAAAAACACAUUUCUAGUCGGUUCCCAACUACUCCAAAUACGCAAAAUUUACCUUUGGAUGAUUCAAAUGCUAAUGAAUCAAGUAUGUGGCAAAUGUGGAACACUCUCCCUCUCGGUCAGGAUGGUCUAGGUUUAGUAGGCGGUCCUGCUAGCUGGCUUCUAUCCCCCGAACUGAACAGACCUGGCAAGGAUGAGUUUGUGCAUCCUUCUGCUCAAAAAACAAUGGCCUCGUUGUUUACAAAAGAGGAACAGGUCCAUUCAGGCAGUCGCUCACCACAAAAUAUUUUUCAUGGUAAUGGCCAAAAUGGCGGGACAUUUAGCCCCGUUACUGGUUCAAGAGACUCUGAUCCAUGGUCACAGAAACCUUUCUUUCCACCUAUGUCAUCGGGAGAAAACCUUUCUGUUUUCAAACCCCAGGAGGAAUCUACUCAGAAUGAAAUGAUUUAUGGGAGUCCCAGGCCCAGCAGAUCGACCAAUCAUCCAUUUGAGCAGUCUCCAGCCAAUGGUUGGUCCAAAAAUGAAUGGACUGUGCAAGGUACAGGGGAAAGUAUCGUAAGGGCAUCAACAGCGAAGCCCCAAGUAGGCGGUUUAUUUCCCGGCUCAAAUGUACAGUCACUUUGGUGAUUUGAUUAGAGAAAAAAAAAACCAAAAAAACCAAAGAGAGGGUAUGAGGGAUGGGGGUGGGAAUUCAAAAAAAUACACAAAAAAAUCUUCUUUUUCUCAUGAAAAAGAGGCAAAUAGGCUCUUUGUGGGAGAGAGAAAGAGAGAGAUAGAGAGGGAGAGUUUUAGAAUACUUGAACACAUUGUAUCUUCCUAGUGAUCAUCUUUAUAAGGGAGAUUGAUGUUUACUUAA